AUUUCCGGGGAGUGCUAUUAACUUAAGGCCUAACCCACACGAUUCGUGAGUGCCGACGUUCAGUACCAACAUCGAAAGUUACCAUGGCCGAAAACGAUGUUGAUAAUGAGCUGUUGGACUAUGAGGAAGACGAGGAGCCGCAGACCGCCGUGGACAGUGCAGUCCCAGCUGGCAAGAAGGAGGUGAAAGGCUCCUACGUCUCCAUUCACAGCUCCGGCUUCCGUGAUUUCCUCCUGAAACCAGAGCUGCUCCGCGCGAUCGUCGACUGUGGCUUUGAGCAUCCUUCUGAGGUCCAGCAUGAGUGCAUUCCACAAGCCAUCUUGGGUAUGGACAUCCUGUGCCAGGCAAAGUCUGGUAUGGGAAAAACCGCCGUGUUUGUGCUUGCCACACUUCAACAGAUCGAGCCAGUGGAUGGGCAGGUUUCUGUGUUAGUUAUGUGCCACACACGUGAACUGGCCUUUCAGAUCAGUAAAGAGUACGAGCGCUUCUCCAAGUACAUGUCCAACGUUAAGUGUGCUGUCUUCUUCGGUGGUUUGUCCAUAAAGAAGGAUGAGGAAGUGCUGAAGAAGAACUGCCCUCACAUUGUAGUGGGAACACCAGGAAGAAUCCUUGCCCUCAUUCGCAACAAGACCUUGAACCUCAAAAAUGUCAAACACUUUGUGUUGGAUGAAUGCGACAAGAUGCUGGAGCAGCUAGAUAUGAGACGGGAUGUCCAGGAUAUCUUCAGACUGACCCCUCACGAGAAGCAGUGCAUGAUGUUCAGUGCCACAUUAAGCAAAGAGAUCAGACCGGUCUGUCGCAAAUUCAUGCAAGAUCCAAUGGAAGUGUUUGUUGAUGACGAGACUAAGCUUACCCUGCAUGGUCUUCAGCAAUACUACGUCAAACUAAAGGACAGCGAAAAGAACCGCAAGCUGUUUGACCUGCUUGACGUUCUCGAGUUCAACCAGGUGGUGAUAUUUGUCAAGUCAGUUCCGCGAUGUGUGGCUUUGUCUCAGCUGUUGGUUGAACAGAAUUUCCCUGCCAUUGCGAUACACAGGGGAAUGGCUCAGGAAGAAAGAUUGUCCCGGUAUCAACAGUUCAAAGAUUUUCAACGUCGGAUCUUGGUGGCUACUAAUCUGUUUGGUCGUGGGAUGGAUAUCGAGCGUGUUAAUAUCGUUUUCAACUAUGACAUGCCUGAAGACUCAGACACGUACCUACACAGGGUUGCUCGUGCUGGUAGGUUUGGUACAAAAGGAUUGGCCGUCACCUUUGUAUCAGAUGAGACGGAUGCAAAGACCCUGAAUGAUGUGCAGGACCGUUUUGAAGUCAACGUCGCUGAGUUGCCUGAGGAAAUCGACAUCUCCACCUACAGUAAGAAAUUUAUCGAUUCUGAGUAUCAGUUUGGCUCAUCCCUAGUUUAA